ACAACCACAUUAUUAUUUUUAUUAUUAUUCUCCAAAAUCUGAAAAUAAUUAGAACCUCACUUGCAACUCCUGCAUAAUUUUAUUCUCACAUUUUCAAUUUAACCCUAGUUUACUCUUAGGGGAAUCUAACAUCCAAAUUCUAAUACUAUUUACUCUUUAGUAGAUAGGCAUAUUAUUGAUGAUCUUGAUUCUUGCAUUGCAUCUACAGUAGAAGCUUUCUGUUCUUCUACUUUUUUUUAUAGGAACUGAAAUUCUCUGAAAAACAGUAGCAAUAACACUUUCCUUUUUUAUUUAUAUUAGAGUAACUGUGCUAGAUAAUCUUCUAACAUUCAAUUGGACAGGAUCAAAAUGCCACUCUUUAAAUUUACUUUGUUCUGUAGGUCAACGAUUUCGUAAGUUAUUGUGGCUGGAGAAUUUAGCACUACCAAGAUACUGAAUGAGCUGAAAUUGGAAUGCAAAGUUUUAAAUUUUCAUACAGUACAAAUCAGAUAAAAUGAUGCAAGAUAAAAAGGAGAGCGUGCCAGUGGAGGACACUUCCACUAAUACCAAUCUUUCUAAGAUCGAUGGCAAAGGUGUUUUAAAACAUUUUACUAGAGCAUCAGAAGAUGUUGAAGAGAUAAAGGAAGGCGAUUCGAAAGGCAGAGAAAAUUGUCCAAAGGGUACAUCUCUUGAGGAAAUUGAUGUAUCUGGGGAUGUUAACAUGGAGGCAUCCAUAACAACUGAUGAUGUAAUUCGGGCCGGGGGAUUUGGUGCCAGAGAUGAUAUCAGUAGUGUUCUUCCCGUUGCAAGUGAUUCGACCGACUUUGAAGCUUCAAUCCUUGAUGCACGAGGCUACGAGGAACCACAUGGAGAAGUAAGCAGGCCUGGACUUGGUUGGACUGGUGCAACUAAUGGGGAAUAAUUGUUGUCACUGUUGUAAGCACUUGUAUUUGCAACUUUUUAACUAGGGCGAUAAUCUGUGUUUUUUGCUACAUGCUUGUUAAUCUCAAUGAGUCAUGUAAUACUGAAAAAAAGUCUUGUUAAAAAUACUAUUUAAAGAUUUUCUUGUAGAUACAGAUGGUCUUUUACUGUUAGUUAUUGUUUGGUUUGUUCUUGUUUAGGAUAUAUUAAUUUAGAAACUUUUAUGGUCCGCCCAAAUACACGGCAGUAUAUCCAAACACUAAGCCCAAGUUCCAUGAGCUACUUUUAGGUAUGGUUGCAUGUUGUUAGUUAGGCACAGGAAGGGUCUAGAUAAUUUCAGUUAUGAUGAGUCACUGCUUAUGUUUUACUUUUGUGGUGUCAACCUACUGUAUCUAGUGUUAGGAUUUACUUUCUGUUAUGCCUUGAGGCCUGAGGGAUAUAUGUACUUAAAUGGUGAAUGAAAUGAAAAACAAGAGAAUAUUUUAAGAAA